AUGGGGCGCCUCUCUCCUCAGCCUGGACAGGCGCCGUUGCCGUUGGCCAGGAACACCGGCUUCAGCUUCAGCGUCAGCUUCGUCCUCAACGUCUUCCUCGCUCUCACCAUCACCACCACGCAGGCUGCCCUCUUCACGCCGACUCCGUCUCCCAACCUCGACCUCCGUCCGCUCGGCCGCAUCGCCCUGGUGGGGAAUUUCGACGCUGCCUCGCUCUACUCCUACAAGCCUACCAUCAAGGACGGCCAUGCUGGCUUCAAUGGCUCUCUCAAGCAGUCUCUCAUCGCUCCCCUGCCCGACGGCUCUCUCUUCCCCAUAUCCUCCGCCGACGCCGACAUCCUGACCAUGUGUCCGUUGAAGGACAAGGACGGCGCUGUCACCAGCGUGGUGGUCGGUGGUAACUUCACCAGCCUCGGAGGCGUCGAGUCCAACGGCAUGGCGAUUUUCAACUACAACGACAUCCAUGUAUCCGCCGUGCCUGGCCUCUCUGGAUCAGUCAACGCACUCUACUGUGACAGUGACUCGAACACCGUCUACGUCGGAGGAGAGUUCAGAAAUGCAGAAUCCACCAACGCUCUCACAUGGUCCCCCGACUCUGGCCUUUCUAACCUGCCCUUCGGUGGGUUCAAUGGACCCGUUACCUCGAUUGUUCCCUCAAAGGACGGCCGAGUUGUCUUUGGUGGCUCUUUCGAUGGUCUAGGAAACACGACAAGCCCAGACAAGAAGAACCAGCAGAUUGUCAACCUGUUCACUGCCGAGAUUUCUGUCGGCUCAGGCUCGACUGCUGGAGGCUUCAGUGACCCUAGAAAUAUCAUCUGCCCUACCGCUGGCCAGUCUGGCCCCGGAAAGACCUGGUUGCUCACAGACAACGCCCCUGGCUACUGGCGUGCCAAGUUGCAUUUUGGAUUCAGACCAACUAAGCUACGGGUUCGAAACGCUGUGAUGGAUGGAAGAGGAACCAAGACAUUCAGAUUUACCGCCCUCCCGGAUGGUGGAAUUCUAAACAUGACCUAUAUCGAUCCCGAGAGCGGCGAUAAGGUUCCAUGCGAUGCCAGAUGCCCUCUCUCCAACGAUCCAAAGCUGGCUACUCGAGACUUCUAUUUUGUCAACAGCGUUGGCAUGAGCUCGUUCCAGUUGGAAAUCUCAGAAUGGUACGGUCAGGGUGCUGGAUUUACCGGUAUUGAGCUGUUCCAGGAUGAUAUCUAUGCAUAUGCCUUUGAUGAUCUCAACGAACCUACCUGUGCUGGUAUUCCGUACCCUUCUACGUCUACCAAGUCUGGAAACUGGAACGUUCAGUCAUCCCAGGAGAGCUCCUCUGACUAUUUAAUCACCAAAAUCGACGCAUCAACCGACACCACAACCUCAGUCACCAUACAUCCAGACAUCAAGCAGUCAGGCAACUACUCCGUCACCAUUUUCACACCAGGCUGUAUUCAAGAUGGCACCUGUGCCACGCGUGGAACCGCCAACGUAACUGCCAGUUUCAAGUCUUCAGACCAUACACCCAUCGUGACCUCGAUAUCCCAGACCAACAACUUCGACAAGUAUGACCAGAUAUAUGUCGGCCAUGUUGAUGCUAGCAGCAGCAAAUUCAGACCAUCCGUUACAAUCACACCCCGUCACGAUCAAGGCGUGAUCGACUUUGUGGCAUCUCGAAUCCGGUUCCAGUUGAUUUCGUCUACCGGCGGCCUCAAUGGACUGUACGAAUACGACCCCAAGGCAACAACUGUUGACACCAAUUUCACUCGGUCCGCAAUCAACAAGGCCGGUACUGAACUUGAGCCCGAAGCGACCGUCAACUCUCUCGUGUGGGACAAGGAUACCCUGUUUAUUGCAGGAAGUUUCACAAAUGCAUCCACUAGCAACAUUGUGUCACUCCUAGAUGGGAAAGCAUCUCCUCUAGCACAGGAUGGCUUGAACUUCGCCGUCAAAACUAUGCAGCUCCUUGACGGUCUGCUCUACGUGGGCGGUAACUUUUCAAAAACUGCCAAUGAGAAGAGCGACAAUCUUGGUGGUGUUGCAGCAUACUCCAUAUCUGACAAGAGCUGGCACGCCCUCGGCGCUGGAGUCAAUGGUCCCGUCACAUCGCUCGUCCUGUUCCCCACCAAUGUCACUGCAGGCAAGACAGAAACAACUAUUGCAGUUAACGGAUUAUUCACAGAGAUUAACGCAGCCGGCGGUCGCCCUGCCAUACCUGCCAAUGGAUUUGCCGUCUGGGUGCCAUCAGAGAAGAAGUGGCUGCAAGAACUCAACAUUGACCACAUGGCGUACGUUGGCCAGCUCACUACCUCCAUCCAGGUGGGCCAGGAAACCCUCUUAGCCGGAAACCUUGCUUCCGGUGGAAUCGCUUCGCACGGUGCUGUCAAUCUAGUUGACAACAACAAGCUUGGCCUUCGUGCCCUACCAGUCAACAUCGAACUCGAUCAAGGUAACGGGCCUCGGCGUAAUGCGAAGCGGACGCUCGCCAAUGGUAGCAGCAAUGGAGUCAUCACUGGCUUGUUUGAUAUGACAGGAGGUCGUAACCUCUCUAUGCUAGCCGGCCACUUUACUGCUAAAACAUCCGAUAACUCUAUCGUCAAUAACCUGGUCUUCCUCAAUGGCGCACAAAAUGAUGUUGUGACUGGCCCAGGCCCUGGGAUCGACAAAAACUCAACCUUCCUGUCUCUUGCAGUUAACAAAGACAUGCUUUUGGCUGGCGGGAAAAUCUCCGGAAAAGUUGCAGACGCGAACAUCAAAGGUCUUGUUGUCUAUGAUCUCAAGAACGAGCAUCGUUAUGCUUCCAGCCAGCCUUCCCCAUUAGACGGCGACAAUGUCGAGGUUCGCGCCAUCGCCCCUCGACCAGGUACCGGUGAUAUCUUCGUCGGAGGAGUCUUCCAAUCGGCCGGCGCCCUGCCUUGCCCGUCAGUUUGCAACCUCGAAAUCCAGAACAACCAAUGGAGUCGCCCGGGCACAUCCCUACGCGGAGAUGUUACCGUUCUUCUAUGGGCAGAUAAUGACCAACUACUCGUUGCCGGAAACCUCACCGUUGAGCGCAACACGACCAUGCUUGCUAAAUACGAUGCAAAGGAACAACAAUGGUCAACUAUCACAGGAAAGAACUCAGAAAGUUUAAGCGGCGAAGUUCGUGCCCUUGGCCUCGCACGCAGCGAUGGCUCAAAGUUUUGGAUCGCUGGAAAAUCUACUGAUGGAAAUUCGUUCCUCGUUCACUACGACGGUACCGAAUUCCGCUCUGCUGGUAAUUUGUUUGGCGAGAGCACCCUAAUUGAGGGACUGCAAGUUCUUCCGCUCACCAAGAACCACGACAAAACCGAUUUACUAGAUGAGAACCAAUCUCUUCUAAUCACAGGUAAACUCCAGCUACCAGACUUUGGAUACGUGUCUGGCGCCCUCUUCGACGGAAAUACUAUUGAACCAUUCAUACUUUCAAGUAUGUCGGAUGGUCGACCAGGAAGCAUAUCUGGAAUUUUCUCAGAAAAUACGAUCAACGUUGCUGGCCACCGUAAACAAAAACCUAGAGGCAUCGUCGUCCUCAUAUCCUUCUGUAUAGCACUGGGCUGUGUCUUCUUCCUUGUUCUAUUCGGCAUCCUCCUUAACCGCUACCGCCGUUAUAAGCAAGGCUACGUCACUGCUCCCCAGGGCACAGAUCGAAAACCCGACCUCAAUCGCGUUCCUCCAGAAUACCUACUGGAGUCCCUCCGCCACCGAACCCCCGGCACACGCAUCUAA